AUGGGUUUUAGAAGAACUGCAAGCUUUCAAAUACUACUCAUCACUCUAAUAGCAUUGUUAUCCGCUCUGACCAGCGCCAGCACUGGCACCGACACUGGCACCGGCACCAGCACUAAGAAAUGGCCAGACCUAUCGAUCUCACCACAAGGACAACACUUGUCGCGUCUCGACGACACACCUUUUUUCUGGCAAGCUGACACUGCAUGGGAGCUAGCAGCGCGUCAGAACGCCACAGAUGUCGACGCCUACCUCUCCAACCGAGCAAGUAAAGGGUUCAACGUGGUACAAAUAGUAGCUGUGGCAGAUUUGAAUGAAACGACGCACCCCAACUACUACGGUCGUCUCCACUGCAUGACGCUGACCCCACGCGUCCCGUCGAAGACUACUUCCGCUACCUGGACUGGGUGGUUGAGCGUGCGGCUGACUAUGGUAGGCAUCCUCGUCGCUCUCGUGCCUACGUGGGGUCGCUGGGUGAAUUGCGGGUGGAGAGGCCGACCGGUGAUAUUCGACGUGGAGAAUGCGUGCGUGUUCGUUGAGUACAUAGGCGCGCGCUAUGCAGGACUUGCCAAGAAAGUGGGUGCGGACAGCAAUGCUGACUGGGCCUGCUCUAUUCCAGCAGUACAGGCGGAGUACCAGGAGAACCGCAGCGAGGACCCCUUCGCAAUGCUGCCUCCGCUCACAUAA